AAUGUCUAUAAGAGAGCUGGUUGGGCUGUUCUGCAGUCUACUAAAAGCAAACGGAGUGUUAACAUAUGUAUUUAAUACGGUGAUUGUGUCAAGCAACUGUUGAAUUAUAUUUAAGUAAUAUAUGUAUAUUGAAGUGUACAGAAUUGAACGGAAGAAAUGGAAUAAAGUCACAAACAUUUACGAAUGUAUAUUACGAAUACAAACUUAUAACCAAAUAAAUGAGUUCAAGGGAAUCAAUGUGAAUAAAUAAUUGUGGGAAGUAUUGUCAUGCUGGGGAAAAUCGAAUUAAGUAAAAAUCAUGAUAAUUUUGUUAAAAAUAUAUAAACAAUGAGUAUACAAGUGAAGAAAAUAAAGAAAGUGAAUGUACAAAGAGUGUCCAAACCACAGUUCCAAGCCUAAUCAGUUUCAAUUAUAAAAUACCAAUUGAGAAAUAUCCCAAUAAAAUUUAUACAUGCAUCUACAUAGUUUGUACAAAUGAACAAAUCGCAUCAACAACGAAUGCAAUAUCUAUAAAUAAGCCAGUGAAAAAGACCUUAUAACCUUAACUCAAGAGAAAACAAAACAGGAGCAAAGCAGAACAUAAUAAAAAGCUGUACUUUUAGCGAAUGUUAAUGAUAACGACUAGAAAAUGACUGUGAUACAGGAUGUGAAGUCUACAGAUGCUUGUGUGGCGGGCAUUAAUUGCUGUUCCAAUACUGCCAACUCGGAAACGUCAAUCGACAAAUCAUCUGUUUGUGUGAAUCCCAGUUCCACGAGUAAUGUUUUGUACAAACCGAGUAAUUAUGACAAUUGGGAAUCCAAUUUUAACCUUUGCAAACAGAUUGAUAUCGAAUUCGAAAAUGUCAAGUACACAGUGCGGAAGUUUAAUUUUCAUGAACGAAAAUUUGUAACAAAGGAGAUUUUACAUGGGAUUAGCGGCGCAUUCCGAGCUGGGGAGCUUACCGCCAUAAUGGGUCCAUCAGGCUCUGGAAAGAGUACACUACUCAAUGUAAUGACAGGCUUUAGAGCCACUGGUGUAACAGGCACAAUAUGUGUCAACGGGGAUCCCAUUUCAACAAACUCACCCAGUUUUCGAGAACUUUCUUGUUAUAUACAUCAAGACGACUUGUUGAGGCCACUGAUGACCAUUGGUGAAACGAUGAUGUUAGCCGCACAUCUCAAGCUGGGCUUCAGUACAUCCAAGGAAUACAAACAAAACUUGAUCAAACAUAUAUUGGCCCUGCUGGGAUUGGAGCAUCGGUAUCAUGUAUUUGCGGGAAAGUUGUCUGGCGGCCAGAAAAAACGACUGGCCAUAGCACUCGAACUGAUAAGCAAUCCACCCGUUUUGUUUUUGGAUGAGCCAACUACCGGUCUGGACAGUUCGUCGUGCAGCCAAUGUGUAUCGCUAUUAAAAAAGUUGGCAUCUCUCGGUCAUACCAUAGUGUGUACCAUUCAUCAGCCUAGCGCAUUGAUAUUCGAGAUGUUCGACAAACUAUACACUGUUGUUGAUGGAAAUUGCAUCUACCAAGGGCCAGUAAGGGAGCUUGUACCAUUCCUAGAAGGGCAGGAUCUGGUGUGUCCAAGUUAUCACAAUCCAGCAGAUUUUCUGCUGGAGGUUGCAGUGGGGGAGCACGAUCGCGAUUUAGUAAAACUCAUAAAUGCAGCAAACAAAAAGUAUCACGAAGAUGCAGAUAACCAACAAAUAAAUGUGCAACGCUUGCUAUCUCGUAUUAAAAGUAAUGAUGCGUGCAGCAAAAUCGCUGGCAAUUUGAAACGUUUCCCCAACGUCAUGUCCAAACUUACGGCCUUCGAUUACGUAAAACCAGCCGCGGACGAAGUGGCUUUGGAGGAAGUAAAAUCGCUGAAUGCCAGCGUCGGCACAAGAGAAAAGUUGGAUGAUAAAGAUGGCGAUGCCUGCGCAACUGGGCGUAGGAAAAUUAAUGGCCCACGCAACACGGCCUAUAAAGCUUUACACACCGAGCAGGCCUCAUUUAUAAUGCAAUAUUUUCUGCUUCUGAAUCGGAUCUUCAUAUGUGCCCGACGGAAUUAUUUCUUGUUGUUGGCUCGGUUGAUGUCACACAUUGUAAUUGGCUUGGUAUUUGGUUACUUGUAUAUGAAUGUCGGCGAUAAAGCGACCACUGUGCUCGGCAACUAUGUCUAUUUGUACGGUACAAUUUUAUUGUUGGUCUACACCGGCAAAAUGGCUGUGGUGCUAACAUUUCCUUUGGAAAUUGGAAUGUUGACCCGAGAACAUUUCAACCGGUGGUACGGCCUAACUCCAUACUUCUUAUCGAUGCUGUCUUUUGAAAUACCAUUUCAGAGUAUUUGCGCAGUAAUUUACAUGGCCAUAAGCGUUUACCUAACUGGCAACAACACAAAUGAGUGCUUUCGGAUAUAUUACUUCGUUGUAUUAGCCGUUUUGGCGACACUUAGUGCUCAAGCCUGGGGUUUCUUUGUCGGUGCCACGCUACCAACCAAAUUGGCAGUUUUCUUGGGUCCCAUUCUGGCAGUAUUGUUUUCAGUGUUUGGGUUCUGCACGCGAUACAUCGAUAUCACGCCUAUCUUUCGCUGGAUGUGGCAUAUCAGCUAUUUUCGAGCAGGUUUCCACGGCGCACUUAAUGCUAUUUAUGGCUUGGAACGCCCAUUUCUAACAUGUCCGGAUACUGCAAUGUAUUGCCAUUUCCGAAGUCCCAAAGUAUUUCUCAACUACAUGAUGAUCUCGGAUGUAAAUAUGGCCGACUGCGUCACACUGAUGGUUGUCGUGAUUGUCGUUAUGCAUAUACUUACUCUAAUAACGCUCUGGCACAAAUUGAACAAACGAACGUGUUUGCUGGUAGGUCGCGGCACUACCUCGCAUAGAACAUUAGCGAUAAGUGUUUCCAAAGGUACUUUGGUUAAUUUUAGAGGAGUGAUUACAUUUCAAAAAUAUGGAAAUACUUUUGUUAUUAACUGGUCCAUAAAAAACUUAAAAAUUUCGAGAACAAAAAUACGUAUAAUUAAAAUGUCUACACCGAAUAUAAACUUUGGAUUGCUCUCCGCCAUCGAAGUUUCUUAUAGUACAAACAGUGACCAAACCGCAAGGACAACUAAAACGGAAGACAAUAACUGCGAUUUGAACAGCAGUAGAAACAGCACUAAUAUAAGUUCGAAGGAACAUAUGUCGGGCGAUAAACACGAACCCAUAAAGUUCGAAAAGGAGAUUUCAGAGGCGAAGAUGCCUAAAAUUGCAAUAACAGAAACCAACUCGACAACACUAAAAACAACAACGCCAGAAACUGUUCAUAAAUACCAUAGUAAUAAAACGAAUUAUUCGGAAAACAUAUCAAUGAACAGGCGACUUUCGAAGACCGAGUCUUUAGAAAACGAGUUUGCAGAAGCUGUCAACGCAACUCUUUCGAAAGCUGGAUAUGCUACGGCAAGUAGGACAAGUAGGACUCAUCAGCCUCCUCCUUAUGAAAGCGGACCUAUGGAGAAAGCAACCAGACCGCUUCAACAUGAAUACCCAAAACAAAUCAAAUCGAUAAACAUAAGUUUUGAAAAUAUUUGCUAUGGUGUUAAGACCGGUUUAUUCAAAAGAGAAGAUAAGCAGGUACUCAAUGGCGUUACGGGAGAAUUUCGUUCCGGUGAACUCAGUGCAGUCGUAGGACCGUCUGGAGCCGGCAAGAGCACACUGCUCAAUAUUCUCUCAUCAUAUACGCUUUAUGGGUUUUCAGGGAAUAUAAGGAUCAACGGUAAUCCGCGUGACGUGAAAACAUUCAAACCAAAUGUAGCCUUUAUCACGCAGGAUACCACACUGCAACCAUUUCUCACUGUCAAGGAGGCAAUGAAUUUUGCUGCUAACCUCAAAAUCGGUGCCCAAAUGAAUGCGAUUGAAAAACGUGAGCGGGUGUUGAAAAUUCUGAGGUCCAUGGGUUUGCUUGAGUCGCUCAACACGAGGACUGGUGACUUAUCGGGUGGCCAAAAGAAACGAUUGGCGAUUUCACUAGAAAUAGUGAAUAAUCCACCAGUUUUAAUAUUAGAUGAGCCAACCAGUGGGCUGGACAGCUCUACAUCUAAUCAGUGUAUUUCUCUAUUAAAAACUCUGGCAAUGGAAGGUCGCACGAUCAUAUGCACAAUUCACCAGCCCAGCGCCAUAGUAUUUCGAAUGAUCGACCAUUUGUUCGCGAUCGCAGAGGGCUCCUGCAUAUAUGCAGGCAGAACAGACAAUUUGGUUCCCUUUCUAGCUGAAAAUGGUUUACACUGUCCACAAUCGUACAAUCCUUGCGACUUUCUUAUGGAAAUAGGUACAAACGAUUAUGGUCCAAAUAAUAAACUGCUUAUUGAGAAAAUGCAAAACGGUCGUAAUACUGGGUAUCGACUAGUCAAACCUUCAUUUACCUUUUCAACCGCAAAUGCAACGUCAAAAAUUAAUACUAAUGUGCCAUUGGCAACAGUUGAAGAAUUGCCAUCACGUGUUUCCAACACGAACACACAUACCAAAGAGAAGCAGCAUCAAUGCUGUAGUGAUAGUAGAUUUUCUAAACCGAGGAAAUCGAGGAUUUCAAUUGAUACCGGACAUAUUUGUAAAAGUGACAAUAUUUAUGCUACACCAUUUUACCGUCAAUUAGCAAUUUUGCUAACCCGUACUUUUUUACUGCUUUGGCGUGAUAAUUCGCUUACAACACUGCGAUUCAGUAUUCAUUUCGGAGUGGCACUGCUCAUAGGCUUCCUCUAUUAUGAUAUUGGAAAUGAUGCCGCGAAUGCAAUGAAUAUUUUCCGUUAUGCCUUCUAUACAAUAAUGUUCAUUAUGUUCUGUGCCUUCUCGUCGAUCCUAACCAAAUUUCCCCUAGAAUUUCCCAUAGUUUCACGAGAACAUUUUAAUCGUUGGUACUCACUUCGCGCAUAUUAUAUUGCGAUUACUUUAGCCGAUAUACCAAUACAGCUUAUAUGUACGAGUCUGUUCAUAUUUCCUACGUAUUAUCUGACUGGACAACCUAUGGAGCUAAUGCGAUUCGCUUUGUACUUCACGAUCGUGUUUCUUACCGCUCUUGUCGGACAAAGUAUUGGACUCAGUGUAGGCUCAGCUCUGAGUGUUCAUUAUGGCGCCAUCUUUGGACCAUUUUUUAUUUGUCCUUUCCUGGCGUUUUCUGGAUUCUUCCUUCAAAGAAAAGACUCUCCAUUCUAUUUAAAAUGGAUGUUCGAUAUUUCAUUCCUCAAGUAUGCCUUGGAUGGAUCGAUGUUGUCGCUUUUCGGUUACGGUCGGGCAAAAUUGGAGUGUAAGGAAUUGUACUGCCAUCACUCCCAUCCUGUGUUUUUCCUUAAAAACAUGGAUUUGGCCAAUGCAAAUUAUAAACUGGCUGCCAUAUUUUUGUUAUCGUUAUUUAUCGUACUAAGAAUUCUCGCAUUUUAUAUCAUGUCUUUCAGGUUGAGAUUAUUCAGAUGAAAUAUGCUGUAUAUAUGUAUUUUAGGCAAGCAUUUUGUAUUAUAUAAUUAAUAUACAUCCUUGUAUACUAAUAAAUUUUAAUGAAAUGGAGAAUAGCUCAAAAUAAACCCUUAGACACAUUACAAUCAUUAUACCAGAGCAAUACAUACAUGAUGUACAUAUAUGUACAUACAUAUAUAAAACAAAAUAGUUGUAAGAAUAAAUAAACUGAAACCGAUUUACAGUUUCAUGGUUGGCCUCAAAGUGAAUGAAAUGUUAUAUACUAAAUACACAUAUUUGAAAUCUUUAAAUUUUAAGUUUUCCUAGCACGAUCAUUAGAAGUACCCCUUUUGUACAAAAUUGUGAAGUGCUCUCAACGCGAUUCCAUCGAUAAUCACAUUGGAAGUAAGAGGGAAGUUUUAAGAAUUUCUUCAAUCAGUAAAUCAAAUAUUAGUUAAAUAACAGACUCUGACCUUUACAAUGAAGUGGAAUUACCUUCUUUUAGGAGAACCAUAGCAGUCAAGGUUGUGUUUUUGUAAUAGAAGAUUGUUUGACGUUUGAACAUUCCUCACUUUUCAAAUUUCAUUUUUAUACACUCAAGUGUUUAAAACCGCAAUAAAAUAAAGGUAUUUUUAUUUAAAAAAUGUCUUUAAAUAAUUUAAGCGCUGUUGUUUAAUAAAUGUUAUUUACAAUUAAAUUUAUGGUUGUAAAAUACAUACACAUACGCGUAUGGUUAUGUUUACAUAUUUGCUUUAUUUAUUUAUAUUUUAACUUAGCAAGCCCACGUUAAGGGGUUAGGGGUAGUCAGAGGCACGAAAAAAUGAGAAUUUUCAGAUUUUUUUUGUUAUUAAAUCGUGUUAUUUUACAAAAGUAGUAAUAUGGCAUUAUUAUAGAAUGUGUUAACUUGAAGUCACGAAAUUUUCAAAAAAAUAAAUUUAAUUUCCAAAGUUAUAGUUGUUUGUGUUGACCCAUUUCCAAAAAAGGG